AUGAAGCGAUCAUCUGUAACAGUACUGAUCGGGAUAGUGAUCUUGUUAGUCGGAAUAGAAAUUUUAUUGAUCUACAUUGCGUGCACCACCGAGGCAUAUGGAAGUAUCACAUUGCGAAAGAAACCAGACGUAAAUAAGAGAAACAGUACAACAGCUUCUCCAGAACCUACGACAGUGAAUCCAACAGAAUCAAGCGCAACAACUGAAACGCCGACAAUACCUGAUUGUAAAAAUAUAACGGAAAAAUCUACGACAACAUCGACACCUCUUCCGACGCCUGUUUCAACGUGUCCUACGAAGCCUGUUCCGACGUCGACUACUCCAACAGUUUCACCAACUACAACAGCAGAGACAAAUUCAACUUCUACCGAUACUAAUGCAAUCGUCAAUGCUACGACAGAAAUUACAAUUGAAAAUAUGAAUAGAAUCUCACUAUCAUACUCGUACCAUAUCACUCCCAAAUUUAAUUAUGUUCUUAAAGAUGAGAAAGGAGUAGCGUGCAUUCUGGCAAACAUGACGAUUCGUAUAAAUUUACAACACACGACGGAAGAUUCUCAGAUAAAUUCUACAUUGAUUGUUCCGACGAACGCAACAGUCAACAAGAGAAGUAUUUGCGCUGAAAAAAGAGCCAAUAUGACUUUGAGCUGGAAACCUGUUCAAAAUCAAGUGUACAAUAAGAAGUGCAAUAAGAAGAACGAAAUUACUUUUGAUUACAUUCACGACAAUAGCAACUUUUUCCUUAAUUCCAUUUUCGUCGACUUGCAUUUGAAUGAAACAAGAAUAACGGGAAAUACAAUGAUUAAACAUCUGCAAUUAUUCUCCGCUCCAUUAAAAAAUGGAAUAUUUAUAUGCAAAAUGAAUACUAGAAUAAACAUCAAGAAGGACAUAAAUGUUGAUAUUUCUAAUAUCCACUUAAUUGUUUUCAAUAAGUGUUCCAACGAUUGCACGAGAACAGAAGCUGUAAAACUGCCCAGCAGAUCGAAUUACUUUGUGCCCACACGACAAGACGGUUUCUCGUUGGAUCAACCGACAGUUUUUUUUCUCACUCGAUGGAACAUGUCCUUCCUGUUCCUGCUUCGACCAUGGAAAUAUGAGAACUUAGUUAGCCAAAUGAUGGGAAGAACAGGGAUCUUUCGUGACACCGAUUUAAUUAUUCCCGACAUCUGGCUCUCGUCUCUCACUGAACGAAACAGCUGUUCCACCCCCUCCAACGGGGGUAACUCGGCCGUCUUUUGCCGGCAUUCAGACUAUCUGAACGAACUAUCGCGCGGAGGUGGAGGCUUCGAAAGGUCGACGGUAAAUGUACAAUAUGAUGUAGGUACGAGCAGCUGGAGCAGCGGAGAUUCGUAA